AUGUCUGCUGAACAAGAAACCAAAAACACCGAAGAAACCUCAGUCGGCGGCAACCUAGACGCUGCUGGAUCUGCUUCGGGCGCUGCCAGCCUCGGAGCUUCAGGAUCCUCGAAGAAAUCUGAGGAGAGACGAAAGCCGAAGAAACUUGGGCAGAAGGCUCAAUCAAACGGCACCCCCCAGAAAGAAGGCGCUGAAGGCGACGCAGACGGAGCCGGCGACCAGGAAGCACCUUCGACACCGACGCCGCAACCGCAGAAAAUGGAACAACAAUCGCGCUCAAAGUCGAGACAGGCCAGCCGAGGUCGUAGUCGGCAGUCAAGUCAGCCACCUAGUGACACGGACAGUGCGUAUAGAAGCGACGUCUCUCAAAAGCCCCGAAGGAACCGAAACCGCAACCGUGGAAAAGGUCAAGCGCAAGCACAGACCCAGCAACAGGGAGGCGGCGGCGGACCUCUGGAUGCCGUUGACGAAGUCGGUGAGACCGUGAACGGCGUUGUAGACGGCGCCGGAGACGCUGUCAACGAUACAGUCGGAAAUGUGGGCAAAGCCGUGGGCAAGCCUCACGAAGCUCUUGGAGGACUACUCCACAACAAGGGUGGGAACGAAGAGGAGGACAAAGAUGAUGGUGGCGGCACUGAUGAGCAACUGCGGCUACGACUCGACUUGAAUCUCGACAUCGAGGUCCAGCUCAAAGCUAAGAUCCAUGGCGACUUGACUCUGGGACUAUUGAACUAG